AACUAAAUACUAUUUGAUACAAAAAUAUAAUCAACUCUACAAACCUCCGAAUCGUUUUGAUUGGAAGAUUCGUUAUUGCAAGAAAGAAAUUUUGAUUGAUAUCGAUAAAGACAAAUAUGUUAAACUCCGAUCUUACGACGGAACACCAUAUUGUGUAUUAAACACCGACACUUUAAUAUUUCUUGAAUCGAGUAAAUUUAACGAUUAUAGAAAAAAAAAAUGUGAUGUUUGUGGGGAUUUUACAUAUUGUGCCAUGUGCCUUUACGAUUUUCACAAGGCCGAUAUAUCUGAAUCUAAACAAAAAUUAGAAAAAGUGACACCUGCGAUUGACAUUGGAAAUUUUAUAUAUUAUUAUAUAAAUAAUUGUAUCAAUUGUAGACAAG